CAGGCUGGUGGCCUGGGUCCAGCCACCUUCCCAGUCCACCAUGAUUACCAUCCUGUGGACACUGCUCAGCUUUUCUCUCCACGUGUUGGGAUUCCACCUUUCCAUUAGAUGUCCCCAGGCCAAGGAAUGUCAGCUGGCCCUCCUCUCUAACAAUGACGUUCUCUUGGAAUGCGGCGUCUCUGAGGCUCGCUGGUUCUUCUUUGGGAUCGAGGCGAAUGGAAACCCUGCUAGCCUCUCCAGCAUUUCCAAUGUCAGAGAAGAUCCAGAGGGUAGUCUCCUUAUCCAAAACCCGUCGUUCUUCAACACAGGCCUCUACAAGUGCCAGGACAAGAAUGGAACCCAAGUGACUGGGUAUAAGAUUGAUUUUCAGGACAUCACCAAGCUGCAUAUCACACACAGAAGCCUGGACCAGGAGCCCCUGAAGAAUGAGAGCCUGAACCUGGGCCACAGAGAGGCAGUAUAUACCCAGUGGGAACCAUGGCAGGGUUGCAGCAACUGUGAGAGCCCGGGUGAGCGCAAGCGCCUGGGUUUCUGCUAUAUUAAGGAACCUCUGGAGGAGCCUGUACCCUGUGGGAUCUACUUGGGAAAUGCAAAGACAUUUUUCCCCCGAGUAAGGCCUGAGAUGCAGCUGGAGGCCUGCUAUGAGUUGUGCCGAGGCGACCUGACUGGCGGGGACUACGUCAUCUUCGAUAACUUCAGGCUCAUAGAGGAGACAGAAUCUACAUGGCUCACCUGCCCCUUAGCAUCCAUCUACAGGCCUGUCCACUGGGAAGUCAACGACACUGCCCUGACAUGGCAGAACCAACUCUCCGGCGAGUACAUCAGCAGCUUCAUGGACCCGUUGAGUGGUGGCCAGCAGCUGAAGAUCUUCCAGCCAGCCAUUUACAGAUGUUUCGUGGAACAGGAGCUCAUAGCCCAAUUCAACCCCACAGGCCCUGAAGAAAUGCUGGAGGCUGAGGGACAGUUCAAAGGCCAGGGGUGGUCCAGGACCCAGCCAGGCAAGGCAGACUCAGUCCUCAGGUGCUUGAAGCUGAUGCUGCUGAUGCUGUCGAUACUGGUUGUGGGGGGGCUUCUCUGUAAGGUGGGUUUCCGUCCUGCCCGAAGUAAGAAGAGGGAUCAGGUCCUACUGGUGAAAUAAACUGAGCUC